AUGCUGAAUACGGAGAAGCCAGAAAAGGGCCCUGGGCUGCCCUCAGCAGCAGAGGAAAGGCAGCAGCAGCUGAGCAGCAGCGAGUCUCGUUUGCUGCAGCUCAAGUGCCAGGAGCGGGGGAAGCAGCAGCAGCAGCAGCAGCAGCAGCAGCAGCAGCAAGAACUGGGAAGCAGUGAGCCUCUGCGGGAACAUGGGGACCAGUGGUCUGGACCACCGCCCUUCGGGCCAAAGGGCCUUCACUUAUGCAGCAGCGCCGCUGCAGCAGCAAAAGGAGGAAACGAGGAGGAGGCCCGGGGGCCCCCCGAGACUGUUUUGCUGCAGCUGCCAAAGCAGCCCGCAGCAGCAGCAGCUCGCAGCUGCAGCAGAGAGCGCCUCUGCUGCUGCUGCUGCUGGGGGCUGCUGCUGCUGCAAGUUGAAACGGGCGAAGGGGGGGUGAUCUGGAGGCUGGGGGAGGCGGGCAAGAGGCGCCUUGGACUCAAGGCAGAGCUCUGGAAUGUUUGCGAGGAGUUUAAAAGAAAAAAAAGAAAAGAAGUUGCGAAAAUAAACUCAACUGUGUGGGCGGAGCGGCCGCGGCAGCAGUCUGAACGGGAGAGCGCCGGGCUCUGGGCGCUUCUCAGUUCAGCACUUCGCCGGGAGUUGGCCGCGCGAUCUCGGGGAAACUUGCGGAAAAAAAGAUAA